GGGUAGGAACCAGUCAGCUCAGAGAGAUUAGAACUGAUGGGUUGUACCUCUGCAAAGCAUUUACCAGCAGAGGAGCUACUAGGAGCCAUAUAUUUGUCCUGUGGUGCUCUAGGCUAGAGAUACAUACAUAUGCCCUUUUUUUUGUUGCUAUAGUUACUCCUUCUAUGUUUGGUGUACAGACAACUACACAGAACAGCCUAAAGAGCCCUCCCUUGGAAACUGCAUUGGAACUGAAGGUCCUUUAAAAAAACGGCAGGAAAAUGUAUUGGAAACAAAACACCAGGUUUAUUUUAGCAGUGACUCUGGCCUUGCAAAGCAUUCACUUUGGAAAAGGGUCCAGACACGAGCAAAUACAGGAUGCUGGAGAAAUUGCUGCUGCCACAGUCCCAAAGGAUAACAUCAAAGACCAACUCACCACAUUAAAUAUCUUCAAUGAGAUGAACCAGAGUUAUGAGAGCAGGAAACACCUCAAUAAGCCAAUAGUGCCUUUCAUUGGUCUUACUGAAAGUAAAACGCUGAAGCGGGAUUGCUGUCAAAAUGGAGGAACUUGCAUCCUGGGCAGCUUCUGUGCUUGCCCCCAACACUUCACUGGCAGAUACUGUGAAUAUGAUCAAAGAAAGAGCAACUGUGGCGUGUUCAAACAUGGACAGUGGAUACGGAAGAGUUGCCAUCUUUGUCGGUGUGCUUUUGGUGAACUGCACUGUCUAUCUCCGCGAAACUGUGCUGUAAGCGAGGAAGAGGAAUGGAUCCAUUUACUUUCAAAUGGCCAAAGAUUAGAGAAAACAAUGGGCUGCUUCUUCCUAGGCUGGUUUCUUUGCACUCUGUGGACUGCUCUACCUGUUGUGAAAACUCUUUUAAGACUGGUAUUCAUAACCAUGAUUUGCCUUAUGAUGAUGCUUGCCCUUCAAAAGAAGGAAGACUAAACGCUGAAACAAAGGACAGUGCUAUAUAUAAUAUUUAUAGUGCCUGUUGUUGUUUUAAACUCCCAGUUCAACUUUCACAGUAAACUCAGCAAACCUCACUUCUGCAGUGUCCACAGAAAAUUGCUCAAGAAAUAAAAAGGGGCUGAUAAUUAACAUUUUUGUUUUCAGGGAUCAGGAACCUGCAGCUUUCCAGAUACUGUUGGAACCCAACAAUAUCUGGGAAGGCUGUAGGUUUCCCAUCCUGAUGUCAGUCAGAUUGCUAAAUCUAAAAAGGACAUGCUGCUUUGACUCAGAAGGACUGGGACUGGUUGUUGCACUAGGCCCUAAAAUUGGUCUCAAAAGUCCUGUUCUGAGCAUCUCAGAAGAACCAGUGAGAUGCCGGAAUAGCUAGUCAUAAAGUUAUCCCUUGUGAAGUGCAAGCCCUACAGUGGCUAACGACUGCUUCAAAGAUUAGCCCCAGUAUUAAACUAGUGUUUGUUAAUGAAAAAGCACUAUAAUGCAUUAAUGCCGAUUUUUGUUGACUUCUGUUUAAAUCUGAUUUAAGCAGUUCUUUAUUCUGAAGUGUUGACUCUUCCAGUGGAAGAAAAAUGUAUUUUCUAUGGCUUAGGUGCUGGAAACAGUAAAUGUUGUGUAUAUUCUGGAACUUACUUUUCCUUGAAAGGGUAAAAUAAAACUUAUGGAACAUUAAUGAA